AUGGAAGAGGAUGUAUAUGCAGCGCUUAGCUAUAUAGAUGGCAGUAGCACGGCUGAAACUGAUGAGGAUGAUGGCUCUAGUGUGGAGCAGCUGCUGGAGCUAUGGCAACAACCGGCAGCAGGCAACUUCAGCGAGGGACAGCUGGCCAUUUGGAAUCUAAGCAGCGUAGCACCAACAGCAGUAUCAGCCGCAGCAGCAGCAGCGGCAGCGACAACAACAACCACAACAACAAUAACAGGAAUUAUUUCAACAACAGCAGAGAGCAUAGUGUCGCCAUUUGAUGCCAAUAACUACUGGGCAUUAUUAGCACUUGUGUUGGUCUUUGGUACCGCAGCCGGCAACAUUUUGGUCUGUCUGGCUAUUGCAUGGGAGCGCCGCCUGCAGAAUGUCACCAACUACUUUCUAAUGUCGCUGGCAAUAACGGAUUUAAUGGUCGCCAUAUUGGUCAUGCCGCUGGGGAUACUAACGCUCGUCAAGGGUUACUUUCCCUUGGGCUCCGAGCACUGCCUGACCUGGAUCUGCCUAGACGUGCUGUUCUGCACCGCCAGCAUAAUGCAUUUGUGCACCAUUUCCGUGGAUCGUUAUCUAUCGCUGCGCUAUCCCAUGCGCUUUGGCCGCAACAAGACGCGACGUCGCGUUACGCUCAAGAUUGUCUUCGUCUGGUUGCUGAGCAUUGCCAUGAGCCUGCCGCUAAGCUUAAUGUACUCUAAGGAUCAUGCAUCGGUGCUGGUGAAUGGCACUUGCCAAAUACCGGAUCCGGUUUACAAGCUUGUGGGCUCUAUUGUCUGCUUUUACAUACCCCUGGGCGUAAUGCUGCUCACCUACUGUCUCACUGUGCGCCUGCUGGCGCGCCAACGACAAAACUUGGGUGGUGGACAGCCAACAUCAGCGGCUACGCCUGGCUGGGCAAGCGGCUGGCUGGGACAGACGCCUGCACUCGAGCGACGUUGCACUUGGCGCAGACUGCUGAAACCAGGACAGAACGCUACCUCGUCCACGCUGCACGCUCACUCGGCCAACUCUACAGACACUGACCUGAGCACAUUGGAUAAUCAUGAGCUGUGGCUGCCUGACACUUGCAUACCGGAGCCCACGCCCACAACAAUGACAGCCCUGCAUCAGUUUGGUGCGGAAAUGCUGAAAUUAUCGCGUGGACUGGAGUCGGCCGGCUCGUCGUCGACAACGGGGUCACCCACCAAAUCCGAAUUUUCCAUUUCGAAUCACUUACCAUAUCCCAGCACGCCACAGCGAUUUCCAGCACUGCAACAGCAACAUUCACAUGGCAGCAGCGGCAGCAGCUACCUGCAACAGACGUCGCCCAAGCGAAGUCAGGCCAUUGCGCAGCUGGGGCUAUCAAGCACAACGCUGGGCAUGGAACGUGAGAGCACUCGAAACUCUUUGGCCAGCAGUCGACUGGGCGAGCAAAGUGAUGGUACACUAUCACAAUUGUCCCAAAGGCUACGCGCUUAUAAGAAGCGACGACGAGCUUCGUCUGCCAUUGCCGGGCGUGAAAGCCGCGAUGGGAACGAUGACGCUGAGGAUGAGGAACAGGACACCUUAAGACGCCGUAAACGCUACAAUAGCUUGCCGAAAAAUGCGCUCUUCUCAACACACCGCACGCUACACGAAAGCCAGGACGAUGCGGAGGAUGGCGGAGAGGAUGAGGAGCACACGCAAGCAAGCGAGCAGCCCUCUAAAUCGACGUCCAUUAGCAAAGGCUGUCACUCGGAUACGGAGCUGGAGCAGCCGCAAAAGCUUUGCCGUGUUGCCUCUGGUACAAACCAUGCCUCCGACUAUCUGCAGCUACCGUCGGUUUGCACCUGCCCUUACUUUGGAGAUCGCCCACUGCAGAGUUGCGUAAAGACAGCUGAGGUUAAGAUCAUAUCGUCCGCCUUUAAGGUGACCACAACCACAACCACCGCCGUGACGAGCUCACCCAGCGAAAUGGAGCUGUUGCUUAGCAGCAGCAAUGGCAACAACAAGGCCUCACUUACCACCAGCAUCAGUGUGGGUCCAGCAGGCAGCGGAACCGUGCCUGCCACAACUUCAAGCAACACUUUGUCGCCACACUUGGCGCAUCAUCAAAGCAGCUUGCUGACAGUGCAGAGCGAUGGCAGCGGCUACUUGGCUGCACCGGGAACACCUUGCCCUGGUCGACGCAAGUUGAGCAUCUCAAAGACCGCCUCGGUGGUCACCUGGGACUCUACUCGGCAUCGCAGACGUGGCAGCAGCUUCGGCGGCGUGCGCACUUCUUUACUGCUGACACCCACUAAGACGACAAGCAGCACGGUAUCGACUACGCCGCUACGUCGCUCCGCUACGCUUCGCAGUCAUCAGAAUAUGAACUAUCAGACUGCUGGCGAGGGCGGUAAGUCGCGCACACCGCAAUCUUCGCCUUGCCUAUUGCAGCGGCAGCAAACAGUGCGCUCGCAUCACUCGCGCAACUCCAGCGUCAUCUCGCGAAACUCAUCGCGGCACGGACGCAUCAUACGUCUGGAGCAGAAGGCCACCAAGGUGCUGGGUGUGGUGUUCUUCACAUUUGUCAUACUCUGGUCGCCAUUCUUUGUGCUGAAUCUGCUGCCCACAGUGUGCGCGGAGUGUGAGGAGCGCAUUAGCCAUUGGGUAUUCGAUGUAGUCACCUGGCUGGGCUACGCUAGUUCGAUGGUGAAUCCCAUAUUCUAUACCAUAUUCAACAAGGUGUUUCGACAGGCCUUCAAGAAGGUGUUGCUCUGCCGUUACUCGAGCAACAGCGCCUGGCGGCCCAGUAGAUAACAGUCGUCCAUUAAGCUGUCCAAGGUAACCAAAUCGAACGCCAUGCCAGCGGCGUCGCGCAUCAAAUGCGCCAGCUUUGAGAUGGAGGAAGUGCGGAGCACGCAGCGUUCCAAGAGCGGUGUGCUAAAGCGCAGCUGUGAUGCAUUAGGCAGCGGAUCAACAGCCAACUUAUAAAGGCGCACACUUCAUCUCCCUAACAAUAGUCUCUGUGGUAUACCGCACAACGUGUCGUAUGCACAAUGCCAGCUCUUAGCAGAUGUAUGUGUAUGUGUAUGUGUAUGCAAAUGUGUAUGUAUGCUUGUGGCUUAGGUCUCUAAUUAAUUUCAAAUUCAAUUUGCAUGCCAUUGAGCUCGAAAUGUCUGGACAACCGAACACAAGCGCAAUCUAAUCCACAAUUCCAACGCAAAAGGCCACCUAACCCCCCUUGUUAGCCGGCCCGAGCAGCUUACUCGCCAACAUAUCAUUCUCUGCGCACUAAUUGUGGCUCUCAAGACGUAUUUAGUUUGUGCUCGCUUUGGGAUUUUCAUUUCAUUUCAUUUCAUUUCAUCAUGGCAUGCAGUAUAUUCCAUGCUUAAACACUUGCUUACUUAUGCUGGCCAUUUAAA